AAAGGCUUCUUCCUUUCCUCUGACGGCGGCCAUCAGGUGAGCCAAGAUGGGCGCAUACAAGUACAUCCAGGAGCUGUGGCGGAAGAAGCAGUCGGACGUGAUGCGCUUUCUGCUGAGGGUCCGCUGCUGGCAGUACCGAAAGCUGUCCGCGCUGCACCGGGCUCCACGCCCCACCCGGCCCGACAAAGCGCGGAGGCUGGGCUACAAGGCCAAGCAAGGUUACGUCAUAUACAGGAUUCGCGUCCGCCGUGGUGGCCGCAAACGCCCGGUGCCCAAGGGUGCGACCUACGGCAAGCCUGUCCAUCAUGGUGUGAACCAGCUAAAGUUUGCCCGAAGCCUUCAGUCUGUUGCUGAGGAGAGAGCUGGACGCCACUGUGGGGCUCUGAGAGUCCUGAAUUCUUACUGGGUUGGCGAAGAUUCCACAUACAAAUUUUUUGAGGUUAUCCUCAUUGAUCCAUUCCAUAAAGCUAUCAGAAGAAACCCUGACACCCAAUGGAUCACCAAACCGGUCCACAAGCACAGAGAGAUGCGUGGGCUGACGUCUGCAGGCCGCAAGAGCCGAGGCCUUGGAAAGGGCCACAAGUUCCACCACACUAUUGGUGGCUCUCGCCGUGCAGCCUGGAGAAGGCGCAACACUCUGCAGCUCCACCGUUACCGCUAAUAUACGUAAUGUUUGUACAAUUAAUACCCCAAUAAACAAUUUAGGACCGUCAAAAAAAAAA